CCAUGUAUAAAGUUGCUACACGCUGGAUCAUUCUUCUGUAUCUAAAUUAACUUCUUUGAGACUUUAAACAAUUUUAAAGUGUUCAUUCUACCCAUACAAUGGCGAGAGAAAGACGUUACAGCCUUCUGUUAUGGAUGUUUGUAUUUUUCCUGGAUGUUUUAGCUAAUCCUCAAUGUGCAUCCAAAGGAGAUAUGGUUUUCUUAUUGGAUGAAUCGGGAAGCAUUGGGUCAACGAAUUUUGAGCGGGUGAAAACUUUUGUAAACUCUGUCAUUUCCAACUUUCAAAUAGGCACUUCAGCCACUCAAAUUAGUGUUGUCACCUUCCAUUCCUCCGCCACACAAAUUUUUCAACUGAACCGGUAUCUUAAUAUUGCAUCACUCCAAAGCGCAAUAUCUUCCAUAAGUUUUAAUGGCGGUGGAACUGAUAUUGGAGAUGCACUGGACUACGCUCGGAGUCAAUCUUUUCAAACCUCCAGUGGCGCCAGGACUGAUUCAGCUAAAAUAGUGAUCCUUAUCACAGACGGGCAAAGCUCAAUAUCUAACCAGGCCGAUCUUUUGAAAGCAAUUGGCGUAACUAUUUUUUGUGUCGGUGUUGGUUCCGGUGUGAAUUCGGCAGUUCUUAGAAGUGUAUCUACACACAACGACUACACAUAUUUGACGACAUUUGACCUUUUGUCAUCUCUAACGAAUACCAUAUCUAAUGGUACAUGUGCUGAUGAUAUCGAUGAUUGCCUGACCAACCCAUGCAUGAAUGGCGGGACAUGCGAAGACCGGUUUGGGGAGUACAUUUGCCAUUGUCCCAGUGGUAUCACUGACCCAAAUUGUUACGUCCCAGGAUUGCCGACUGCAGCAGUUGGACAAAGCGUAACUGUUUCAGUCGGUUCUACAGCAAAUAUCAUGUGUACAGUGACAGGAAGUGUGACGUCAGUGUUUUGGCAAUAUCAGAAGUUAGGUGUAACAACAAAUAUAGACCUAACAAACACCACAAAAUAUAGUGGAUCCACCAUUGCUUCUCCAUCCUUAUCAAUACACAACGUACAGAUCUCGGACGUUGGUAACUACCGUUGCCUGGCAGUGAAUUCCAUAGGAACAGGACAGAGUCCUACAAUGGCAUAUCUAGAUAUAUCAAGCAGCUCCAGUGCCACGUCCCUGUUGAUUUCAAUGGGUUCAUCGGUGACGUCAUCAGCAGGUUCGACUGUGACGUUAAUGUGUCAAGUAUAUGGAACAGUAAUGUCAAUUCAAUGGCAAUAUGAAGAUACUAACACCUUAACAACGAUCAAUACUGCCAACACAGCUAAGUACAACAAUCCCACGACUUUCUCGCCAUCGUUAAUUAUCAAGAGUGUGACGUCAUCGGAUUCUGGCUACUAUCGUUGUGUGGCGUAUGACAUUACCUUACGACAGGCAUAUGGCAGAAUAUACCUUCAAGUUACAUCAGAAGCACAGGUGGCAGGCUCCAUGGAGUCGUGUAUCCAGUCCGACUGUCCGGGAAUGUAUGACUGUCAGCAGACAGAUGGUGGUUCAUAUUGUACGUUGAGCACGUGGAAGGCAGCAUUAGUGGGCGUGUUUUCGUCCCUAGGGGGAGCGGCGGUAGUAUCUGUAACAACAUUUAAACUUUAUCACAGUCUUCGAGAUAUCGAUGAUUGCCUGACCAACCCAUGCAUGAAUGGAGGGACAUGUGAAGACCGAUUUGGGGAGUACAUUUGCCAUUGCCCCAGUGGUAUUACUGACCCAAAUUGUUACGUCCCAGGUUUGCCAACUGCAGAGGUUGGACAGAGCAGAACUGUAUCGGUCGGUUCUACAAUAAAUAUCAUGUGUACCGUGACAGGAAGUGUGACGUCAGUGUUCUGGCAAUAUCAAAAGUCAGGUGUAACAACAAAUAUAGAUCUAACAAACACCACAAAAUAUAGUGGAUCCACCCUUGUUUCUCCAUCCCUAACAAUACACAACGUACAGAUCUCGGAUGCUGGUAACUACCGUUGCCUGGCAGUGAAUUCCAUAGGAAUAGGACAGAGUCCUACAAUGACCUAUCUGGAUAUAUCAGGCAGCUCCAAUUCCACACCUCCGUCGAUUUCAAUUGGUUCAUCUGUGACGUCAUUAGCAGGUUCGAAUGUGACGUUACUAUGUCGAGUAUAUGGAACAGUAACGUCAAUUCAAUGGCAAUAUGAAGACACCUCUACUACAACAGCAAUCGAUACUAGCAACACAGCUAAGUACAACAACCCCACGACUUUAUCGCCAUCGUUAAUUAUCAAGAGUGUGACGUCAUCGGAUUCUGGGUACUAUCGUUGUGUCGCGGAUGACAUCACUAGUGGACUACAGGCAUAUGACAGGAUACACCUUCAAGUCACAUCUGACGCACAAGUGGCAGGCUCCAUGACGCCGUGUAUCCAGUCCGGCUGUCCAGCGCUACAUGAUUGUCAGCAGACUGAUGGCGAUUCUUAUUGCACGCUGAGCACGUGGAAGGCGGCAUUAGUGGGCGUGUUCUCAUCACUAGGGGGAGCGGCGGUAGUGUCUGUAACAACAUUUAAACUUCAUCAAAGGUAAACAGUCACUGAUAACUAAUUAUGCAGUAUAUGUUCUUCAUACUAGUCUUACGUAAAGAACCGCAGUUUAGU